AUCUGUCAAAAUUAGAAGCGAAUUAAUUUUGAAUCAAGAAUUUGCAUUUUCUAUUGUUUUUAUUAAGAUCUAAUCAAAAUAAAAGGUAACCAAAAUGCGUAAACGCAGGCGCCUAUUGACUACGCCAAUGAAAAACAAAACGAAACUCCUAAAUAACGGGAGAGAAGAGAAUGAGGCAAAAGAUACGGCACGAGGCAGACUUAAGGGGGCUUUGAUGGAUGCCCUAGAACCAGCAGGCGAGGAGUCUGACGCUUCAUCAGAUCACAGCCCAUCUAAACGAGAGAGGAAUCCCAGCCAGGACCACAGCAAGCGCGAACGCGACGCGGCAGACGACGAAGACCGCUACCGCCGCCCGUCACCGCCGCGGCAGUCCUACGUGCUGAAGCUGUUCGACCGCAGUGUGGACCUGUCGCAGUUCAGCGAGGACUCUCCGCUGUACCCAAUCUGUAGAGCUUGGAUUGCCAAUCAGCCUAAAGCUAACUACAAGGACUUUGGAAAAAAACCUGAUGAGCCAUCACCUGAAGACAGCAUAGAAUUGCCUGGACCCGAGGGGCCCCCUGUCUCCAGGAUACCAGAACUGAUACCCGAGCAGAAGCAGCGCGACAAGGACAACAUCAAUCUCGAUUAUAGUGAAGCCCCGCCGCCGCCUUGUCCGGCGCUGCUGGCGGCGCACGUGGCGCGCUGGGGCUGCGUGCGGCGCGCCUGGCUGCAGCAAGCUGAGCGCCACGAAGCGCGCUACGAGGCUGCGCAGCAACUGCUCAACACCAUCAACGUCAGUACAUUGUGAUGAAACAUUUGCGGGAAAG